GCUCUCUCCCCCGCCCAACCCCAACUACUCGCGAUAAGAGAUACGGUGCCCAGAUACUCUCAUGAAUUGCCUUUUAUCGGAUACUGUACAUAGUUCUGUUAGAUAGCGCGGAUAGCCCGGACGAUGUGGCUGCUCGAAAGCCAAGGGGAUGCCUUCGAAGGCAGAAGGUUAUGGCUUCGCCCCGGCAAGCUCUAUCUCUUUGGCCGGACGGCUUCGGAGCCCGGACAGCUAGCCAUCUCGGACAAGACGAUAUCGCGCAAACACCUCACGAUACAAGUUGACAAUGUCCUGGAAGGCGGUGGUCGCAACCUCCAGUCUCGAUCGAAAGUCACGAUCCACGAUUUGGAAACAAAAAAGGGAACUGUCCUCAACGGCGAGCAGAUUAGAGGGAAGGAGCGUGUGCUUACCCAAGAUGUGAACGAGAUCAAGUUGGGAUUGUGCUCGAAGCUGUUUCGCAUUACGUGGCAGCCGGUCGUGUUCAGUUUCUCCUUCACCAGCAAAGAGUUACGAAACGAUCCCUGGGCGAAACUGCGCGAGUCCCUCGAACAACUAGAUAUCAAGUACUCGGCCGAAUACGAGCACGCCCUGACCUCCCACGUCAUCACAAAGAAGCGGAAUACAUCAAAGGGGUUACAGGCGUUGAUCAACGGCAAAUACGUCGUGGCAGACAGCUUCGUCAACGCUGUGAUAGAAGCUGCGACAUCGGAUGGCGACGAGCCUAGCAUGACCAGUGCUUUAGAGCAGGAUUAUGACGGGAACUGGCCGAACGCGCUCGAACAUAUACCGCCGAGAGGCGAGGAGCCGAGCGACCGGCCAGAAGAAGCAUACGCGCCCGACGAGAGAAGGCAGGAGGUGUUUGACGGAUAUACCUUCGUGUUCUACGACAAAAAGCAGUAUGAGACCUUGUUCUCGGCAAUCACGAAUGGGAAAGGGAAGGCUUUAUUCACGGAGGUGGUCCCUGGCCAGACGGAGAUCGAUGACUUCGUUCGCUAUGUCAAGGGUGUCGCCGGCGAGAAAGGCCUGGGAUCGUUUGAAGACGGCAGUGAGGGCAGGGGCGUGGUUGUUGUCCGCUACCUGCCUGCUAAGGGGGCCGACUUCGACUGGUUCGCAGAAUUCCUCACGGCUUUCGCCCUACGACUCGAUCACCGACCAAUUGGCCAGCGAGAAUUCCUCGAGGCCAUUCUAGCAUGCGACGCCAGCAUGCUGCGCAGGCCGCUCGAGGAAGAGUCCCAGGCUGAGUCGGCGGUGGUGCGGCCACAGCGAGCCGCGAACGAGGCUUCGACGACCCCCAUGGACGUGGUCCAACAGGAGCCACAAACUGCCUCUGAUCCGGUCGCAGAAGAGGUGGCCCCAGCGCCCCAGCCGAGACGUGGGCGGGGCAGGAGAGUUGCGGCAAGUCGAUUCAAGGGGUUCGACCUAGAUUCAGAUCCAGUCGAUGCUAUGAUGACCGAAGGGUCGAGUGCUCCAGCUCCGUCUCAUGACCCCGUCCCAGCGUCGAAUUCCGUCACCGCGGAGUCUCGACAGGAGAAGGAGCAACCCAGGACGACGCGGCGGUCCCAGCGCAAGCGUGGGCAUUCACCCGACCCAGAGGACGACGCCGACAUGAUGGACGGGAUCGCGCCGACGGCCGCGGCCGUGAAACGGCGGAGGGUGGAGGCCGGCGAGGAGCCCGUCCCUGAAGCUGCCGGCGAGGACGAAGACGGGGACGUGGUCCCCGAAUCGCCGACUGCGGAGACGGGCAAGUCGCAGCCGAGCAAGUCGUCGAAGCAGAAGAAGGGGAAGGACAACAGCAACGCCGACAUCCUGGAGCUCGCGCGGCAGCGUCGCGAGGAGGCCGAGGCCCGGGCGGCCGCGGAGCGGGAGGCGCUCGACAACCUCCAUGACGACGGGAUCGAUUAUGCGGCGAUUAGGGCCCUACAGAUCGUCGAGGAAUGCACGGUCCACCUUCCCGACAAGUCGGGCGGCGCAGCAACCCGCUCCCGGGAGGACGAGGUCAGGGGUGGUCGGUGGGACCCGGCGUGGAACGGGAGGCAGAACUUCAAGAAGUUCCGGAGACAGGGGGAGCCGGCCGGCCGGCCGGCGCCGAGGGUGAUCGUCGGGCUGGAGGAGGUAAGGUCCAAGGAGUACGGCAUAGGGGACGACUACUGGUUGGAGGACGAAGGCACCGCACCCGGAGCCGGAUCCGGCAAAAAGAGCAAAAAGGAUGCCCGGCGGGAGGGCGACAGCCAGCCGGCCACACAGUCGCAGGCACGCGGGACGAAAGGCAAGGGGAAAGAGAAAGCGAAUGGGCCCCCGCCCCGCAGAGCAAUGGCCAUCGACAGCAGCGAUGAAGGGGAGCCGGACGAAACCACGGCGCCGGACCCGGAGCCGGAACCGGACCCGGAGCCGGAGCCGGAACCCCCACGCAGUCGCGCCGCCAAGACGGCCGAGAGGGCGAACACGCGCCUCGCCGGGGCGGCGCGGUCGUCGCAGGCCGGGACACAGUCGCAGUCGCAGGCGACGACGAGGGCGAGCAAGCGCGUGGCGGCGGCGCAGCCGGCGGCGGAGAAGGCGGCGAAGAGGCCGAGGAGGGCGGUCGAGGUCGAUGAGGGGGAUGAUAGCGAUGAGGAGCCCAGGUUCCGGUUUGGCAGGCGUUGAUGGGUUUCAGCGAACAGCGAGCUUUGUGUCUGUCACGUCUGCGGAGUGAGGGUCACGAAACAAGAUAUAUGAUGCCCUUUGCUCUAAUUUUCUAGGUAGUUACCCUUGCCUAUGCUGCUAUGCCUGUCUAUCUAUCGGUCGUGGG